AUGGAAAAAUUAAAAAAGUUCUUUAGAGGAUAUAUGCAAACAAUGUUGUACGGAAUCGAAAUUAGACCAAAAUAUAAAGUAUAAAUUAUGAUAUUAGAUUAGAUGGAUUAUUCAUUCUAUAUAAUUUUGCAUACAAUAAAUUAAUUUUAGUUGCUGGCAAUCAUAUUUCAAACAAGUUAUGACAAAAGAUAUUCAGAUUUUAAAUUAGACUUUAUUCAAAGUUUCUUAGAAUUUUUUCUAGUUAAUAGCCUUUUAAAAUAGAGCUUGUCCUCCUCUUUAGCAAUCAUAAUAAUUACAAUUUCAUUUUUAUCUCAACUGAUUCUAUUUUUAUUUUUAUGCUUUUCAACUCUAAUUCGAUUAUACACUGCUAAUUUGAUAAAGAAUAGUGAUAAAGGCACUUUAAAUAGCAAUAUCUAAAACUGGGUGAUAUAAUUUAAUGAACUAUUGCAUUGGAUAUUCGUAACUUAUCCAGUUAUCUACUUAUAAAUUGCAGUACUGUCAUUUAGUACAUUAUCAUGUAACUCAUUAAGUUUGAUUCCUUUUAAGCAAUGCGAAAUUAUACCUUUACUACAAGUGCUCUCCAUUAUUUAACUUUUAAUUUCUUUUUUUAAUGGUCAAAUAUUAAUAUACACAAUGAGAAAUCACAGAUUCAACGAAAUCAACUCUCUAAAAAGAAGAUACUCUAGUUUAUUAUUAUUCAAUAAUACAAUAGUACUGGCUAUUAUAUUUUUUCAUUAUAAUUACGAAUUUUUUACUCUUUCUGAUGCUAUUAAAUAUGCACUAGCAAAUUUAUUUACUAUAAAUUAAAUAAUUGACUAAUUAAACAAUUAUCCUUACAGAGAUCCAAUUCGACUACCUGCAAUAACGAUGACUUUUAUAUAAUUUUGGAUAGUCGUGGUUCUAACUAUUUAUAGAUUUUCAGAUAAAAUAGAUGAAAAUUAAUUGUUCUUUCUUAUGGCCAUCCCAUUACCAUUGAUAUAUGUGAUUGGACAAGGAUUGGCAUUGCAAUUUCAUUACUACGCAAUCAUAAAUUCUAAUACCAACACAUAGAUCAAAGAGAAACAUUUAAUCAUCACUGCUGAUUAUUUCUAUAAGCUAUAUCUCGAUUACAAUAAAAGUUAAGAAUGUUAGAUUAAGUUUCAAUAAUACAUAAGGACCCAUAAAUAUUUUUGCAAAAAUAAAAAGUGCUAUUCUUAGGAUUUUAAAUUUAGAUAGGUAGACCUUGAUUAAAAGAAAGACCUUCAUUAAUUAUCUUUAAGUAUCAUUAAAUGCAUAUUUAAAACUGCUCAAUAAUGGUUAUUUUCGUUAGCUAAUUAAAAUCAAGAUUUAUAGUUUGAAUAACUACAACUACAAUAUAUCAGUUUUGUCUCUGAUAUAGUCUCAAAACCCUUGCUUGGAUACUUAGAAUUAAGAAAAUACCAAAAUAGUAAAAACAAUAACAAUUCUAUUUAUUUUAUUGAAAUAACAAACAAAUUAGCGGAUCAACUUCAAGUCUAAAUUUUGGAUAAUCAACAAAGACAAACAUCCAAAGAUGUACUCAUCUAAGAAUAAAAAAGUUAAUUGAUAGAGAUUUCAUUAUAGUAACAAUGGUGGACCCAAAAUUUGUAUGAAAGCUUAUUGAAAGAUUAUAUUUACUUACUUAAUUUAAAGGUUGAACAUUGGAGUAAUCUAAUGAUUGGAUAUCAAAGUCUGAAUCCUUUCUAAUAGAAUACUCAAUAACUAUGUGCUAAAAUAUAAUAGUUGAAAAUGCAAUUGGAAAAAUAUAUUGGAGUGCCUGAAGAAUGGUUUGAUUUAAAAGUCACUACUAGCAAGGGUCAUUAAGUUAAAAAAUUAAGUAAUGCUCAAUUAAAUAUAAACUGUAUCACACUCAAACUAUAUUCCUUAUUCUAUUCUAUAAUGAUGAACGAUUAUGAUAGAUCUUUCUACAUCGAAUAGUACGUUAAAGAUCUUACUUCAAAUGAUAGAUAAAAAGAAAUAGAUAUUAUUGAUAAUUUUUAAUUGUUAAAUGAUAGAACUACCAUCAUAUUAGUCAGUCUAGUUAAAAAUAAGGGAAAGAUAGUUAAUAAGAACCAGUUAGCAUUAGCUAAUUUCUUUUAAUAUGCAGAUAGUAAUAAUUUUAAAGAUAACGUUUCUAAUAUUCAUAAGUUAUUACCUAAGUCUAUUAUGCCAGCACAUGAAUUAUUGAUUGAUCAAUAUAUGCAAAGAGGAUAUAGUUAGUUUUUUGUUAAAAAGAUUAGCGGAUAUUAUGAGAAUGCUAAAGGAUUCAUUCAAAAGUCUUAUAUUAAAUUAGGGAAUUUAUUUGAAGAGUUGGAUGAUUAUGUCAUAACUGCAUCAAUGUUGAAAUGUAACUUAUCAAAUUAAACCAUUUUAUUUGACAUUGAGGGGAAAAUUAUAGGAAUAAGUGAAAAAUUGUAUGAUCUUAUUAAAAAAAUCAAUCCUCAAAUCUAAAUAGAUUUUUUUAAAGAGUUUUGCAGGGUAUUUUUAAUUUUUCCAUCAAUAUUAUCAUCUUUAAAGUAGUUGGAAUAAUCGAAUAAAGAAAAAUUAGAUGAAUUCAUAUUGGACAAUGAGGAUACUUUAUUAUACAUUCCUUUUAAUUUGAUUGAACUUAAUUCCCUGUUUAUCAAGGAAUAAUAUGAUAAGUUUGGAUAAAAAGUUGAUUUUGGAUUGGAAAGUGAGAAUUUGAGUUCAUGGAGAUCUUGGAAAAGCUUGACAAAGAGUCUAUAUUCUUAGGAUAAUAAUCAGGACAAGAACCAUCUAUAUAAAAUUACUGAUUUAGAGAAUAUUGAUUUUUCUCUUUAAUUUAUGUAAAUUCAUAAAGAAUUGUUCCAGCAAUUUACAAUUCUAAAAACAAAAGUUAGGCUACUAUAACAACAACUAAAAGUAAAGUCAUUUUAAUAUAACUUUUUUGUCUUAGAAUUAGAUCACAUAACAGAAAUAAAUUCCGAAAAUAAACAUUUUAAUAAAUACCCAAGUAUUAACAAAAUUAUAGAAUUCUAACUCAAUGCAGGUUAAACUGUAGUAUUUAAUAAGACUUAUCCUGAUAGUCAUAUCGAUAGUUUAGAUAGAUCAAUAAAUAACUUUAAUAUAAAUUAACAACUUUAUGACUAAAAAUAUAUCAAAGAAUUAAGAAAAUAAUAAAAAUCUUAAUUUUAGAAUGAGAAAUCUAAAUAAAGUAUGUACAAUGAAGUUAAAUCAAAAGAGUAUGAAGAUAGGAUAAAUGAUGAAUACAAUAAUUUAUCUCUAACUAUUUAGAGAGAUAAAGGACCAUAACUCUGGUAGAUACCUCUUUAGAAAAUAGAUUAAGAUGAUGAAUUUGAAUUUUAAAUGAUAGAUGGUCAUUUUAGGUAAUUUGAGUAAGAUUAAGAAUUACAAUAACAAUAAUUAUAAUAAUCAAGUAAUCUUCGAAACUUAAGUAAAGAUAAAGAUGAAUCUUAAAUAGAAAUUGAUUAAAAUUAAGCCAAGAAUUCCUCAGAUCAUGAUAAUGAGGUUGUGAAGGCAGAUUUGAUGGAGAUAUUAUAAAUAAAUAGACAAUUGAAAAAAAAGAAUAAGUAAUUUUCGUAGUCUAUUUUAUAGUGA